GGGUAAUUUAGAGCACGCUGGGCGGGAAUGUAAGAUGGCGGAAUAGUAUCGCGGUGCUUUAGGCGUUCAGGCUCCCGGCUUACUUCAGUUCCAGUCUCCGCGGCGGCGGUGACCACUGAGCGUAGAGCGCGUUUGGGUAGUUGCCAAAGAUGCCGAAUAUCAAAAUUUUCAGUGGGAGCUCCCACCAGGAUUUAUCCCAGAAAAUUGCUGACCGCCUGGGCCUGGAGCUAGGCAAGGUGGUGACUAAGAAAUUCAGCAACCAGGAGACCUGUGUGGAAAUUGGAGAAAGUGUACGUGGGGAGGAUGUCUACAUUGUUCAGAGUGGGUGCGGUGAGAUAAAUGACAAUCUUAUGGAGCUUUUGAUCAUGAUUAAUGCUUGCAAGAUUGCGUCAGCCAGCCGGGUUACUGCAGUCAUCCCAUGCUUCCCUUAUGCCCGCCAGGAUAAGAAGGAUAAGAGCCGGGCUCCCAUCUCAGCUAAGCUUGUUGCAAAUAUGCUGUCUGUAGCAGGUGCGGAUCAUAUUAUCACCAUGGAUCUACAUGCAUCUCAAAUUCAGGGCUUUUUUGAUAUCCCAGUGGACAAUUUAUAUGCAGAGCCAGCCGUCCUUAAGUGGAUAAAGGAGAAUAUAUCUGAAUGGAGAAACUGUACUAUUGUCUCACCUGACGCUGGUGGGGCCAAGAGAGUGACCUCCAUCGCAGAUCGGUUGAAUGUGGACUUUGCUUUGAUUCACAAGGAGCGGAAGAAGGCCAAUGAAGUGGACCGCAUGGUGCUGGUAGGAGACGUGAAGGAUCGGGUGGCUAUCCUCGUGGAUGACAUGGCUGACACUUGUGGUACAAUCUGUCAUGCUGCUGACAAACUUCUCUCAGCUGGAGCCACCAGAGUUUAUGCUAUCUUGACUCAUGGAAUCUUUUCUGGCCCAGCCAUUUCUCGCAUCAACAAUGCAUGUUUUGAAGCAGUCGUUGUCACCAAUACUAUACCUCAAGAGGACAAGAUGAAACAUUGCUCCAAGAUACAGGUGAUUGACAUAUCCAUGAUCCUUGCAGAAGCCAUCAGGAGAACCCACAAUGGAGAAUCUGUCUCCUACUUGUUCAGCCAUGUUCCUUUAUAAUGGAAUAACUUCCUAACCAUUUUGAAAAUCAAACCAACCCCGCCCCUUGUUUUUCUUGGUAUUUGGUGAGCAGAAGAACCAGCUUGCUCCAGUGUAGUUUUUUACAUCCCACAUUAGAUACAGUAGAACUUAUCCUAAAUUGGAGAAAGUCAGAUUGCUAUUAACUGCUAGGAUGUCCUGCUUGCACUGUUUCAUCCUGGCUUUCUUGUUUAUUUUGUGAACCAUGCAACUUUAACUAGAGCUCAGCUGCUGACGGAUAUAUAGACUGUUGAGAGUAUUCCACAUGGUCCUUAGAAUAUGAUUGACAAAGCUCAUACCCCAUUGCAUGUGAAUGAAUGCUUUGGGAUUUUCUUCAUUCAGAAUAACUAGCAACAAAGCCCGCCUAUAUGUGAUCCAUUUUCAGAGGUCUAUGCUACAUUACAGCAAGAACCCUGAACAUCCUUAAACAGAGUUCUAGUAAUUGAGCACCCGGUAAGGCAGGGCAGGUAGCUCAAUGCAGUAAUUAAUUAUGGGAGGAAGAAGCCUGAUCCAUUGCCAUCUAUUUAACUCUAUAGCUUGGAUUCUCCACAUCUGUUCCCUUUCGAUUUGACUUUACUACCUUCAGCUAUCUUGACCCUUUCCUGGCCAAAUAUCUUGGACUCAGUGACCAUUGUACCGUACUCUUCUGUAAGACAGACUUGCUUCUUGCUAUGUAACUGCUAACAUUCACAUUAGAUAGCUUGCUGUAGCGCAGUCUUCCUUAGCCUGCUACCAGUGUGGUGGCAGGUUUAGGUGGUGUCAUAGUGCCUUUUGAUUUAUUUAAUUAUUUAAUUUUCAUCUUCCUUGGAUCCGUUUGGCCUCUCGAUUGAACAGAUUUCUGCUAAACAGUUUGAUGUUAUCGUCUCCUAUAGAAACUUAAUAAAAUGUCUGUUACGUAUGCAAUUUGGGAUCUGUUGUCAUU